AGAACAAUUGCAGGCGGGGGUUGUAGUUCAAACCAGCAGUCGGUAUUCGGCUACAGCUAAACACAAUUUCGUGCUGCAGCGUCGGAACUUAUUAGUUGAUUUUAAACAUGGCUGGUGGAAAGGCAGGAAAAGACUCCGGAAAGACCAAGACGAAAGCGAUUUCGCGCUCUCAGAGAGCCGGGCUGCAGUUCCCCGUGGGUCGUAUCCACAGACACCUGAAGUCCAGAACCACGAGUCACGGCAGAGUGGGAGCCACCGCAGCGGUGUACAGCGCGGCUAUCCUCGAGUACCUCACCGCUGAGGUCCUGGAGUUGGCAGGAAACGCGUCCAAGGAUCUGAAAGUGAAGCGUAUCACCCCCCGCCACUUGCAGCUGGCCAUCAGAGGAGAUGAAGAGCUGGAUUCACUCAUCAAGGCAACCAUUGCUGGAGGAGGUGUGAUCCCUCACAUCCACAAGUCUCUGAUCGGAAAGAAGGGCCAGCAGAAGACCGUAUAACCUGAAGUGUUCUGACAUCCUGCAUCGAGCGGUUCAAUGUCUUACAGUAGAUCACCUUUUAGGAAUUGUUUGUACGGUUGAGCUUGCAUUUACUCACCUGGGGUAUUUUUUUAAAAGUGGCUUCAGAGAAGCUCAUUUUCUUUUCUUUUUUUGGGUUUGUUUGUUCUUUUCUUUCUGGUGCUGCAGUUUUUGUGUUGAAACUUGCUUUUGUGGCGUACCCAUGUUGAAAGUGAUGUUUUAAUAAAGCUCUUAUGGGGCAGCAGCGGCCUGUUGA